AUGAAGGUGAAGAAGAGCGUCGGGGCCGGGGCUGGGGCCGGGGGGGCGGCGGCGGCGGCGGCGCGCACCGAGGAGGAGCUGGGCAGAAAAGCGCUCAUCGGACCCGACGAUGUGCUGGGGCUGCAGCGCGUCACCAGCGAUUAUUUGUGCACUCCAGAGGAAAAUGUUUACAAGAUAGACUUCACCAGGUUCAAAAUCCGGGACAUGGAAUCUGGCACGGUCUUGUUUGAAAUCACCAAACCAGCAGCUUCAGAACGUGACCACAAUGACAAGAAGGACAUUGACCCCAACGCCGGACGCUUCGUACGCUAUCAGUUUACCCCAGCGUUCCUUAGGCUGCGGCAAGUGGGAGCCACGGUGGAAUUCACGGUAGGGGACAAACCCAUUAACAACUUCCGCAUGAUCGAGAGGCACUACUUCCGCGAUCAACUCCUUAAGAGUUUUGAUUUUGAGUUCGGGUUCUGCAUCCCCAGCAGUAAAAACACAUGUGAGCACAUCUAUGAGUUCCCACAGCUCUCGGAGGAUCUCAUUCGAGAAAUGAUCCUGCAUCCAUACGAGACACAGUCGGACAGUUUCUACUUUGUAGACAACAAGCUCGUGAUGCACAACAAGGCAGAUUAUUCCUACAGUGGAGGACCUUGAGCACAGGAUGGACAGCCAACCUGCGCUGGCCUUCCCUCUCCUAGUGAAGUCGUCAGGGAUACCAACACCUUCGAUUCAGUUGCUGAUAGUGUCAACUGGACAAGGAUCCACAAACCAAGGACUCUCUGCCACAGUAGGAGUUUCAUGACUAAAUCUGCUAGCCUCGUCGCUUUUGAGCUUUGAAGGAGACCCAGUUCUUCAGAAGUUUAAGCAGUUCUACAGUGCUCCAUGAUCUUUGGAUACCACUUCCCCAAGUUCUUGAAGUGCUUUGAAAAUGGCUUUGUGAGACCUGGGGUAUUUUAACCUAAUUCUCUGGAUUUAUGUUUUUGCCCUCAAGAAUCUUUUAGGACGUGUUUAUUUUUCUCAAAGGAUGUGAUCUGAGAAACCACGUGAGUGGACAGAUACAAAGGCAGAUUUUGCUUCAUUUCUUCCUCUUUGUGAGUGUUCCAAAGGCAUGGCCAACUUGACUUGUACGUCCAGUUAAAAUGUCGAACGUAGCAUUUCACGAAACCAAGUUUCAUCUUUAGAUUAGUUCUCUAAAGUAUCUCAUCCGUUAGGUUUUUUCCUUCGAUGUCCUAUUCUGAUUAAUCUUGGGAACGCUGAGCCUCGUAGUGCAGACUGUUAGAUCGUCACAGAGCUGUUUUUAAUUGGGUACCAUCCUUCUGUGUUUCAGAUGAAGGCAAAACAGCGCGGAGGGUCCGUGAACCUCCACUAAUGUAUUCCAGUAAUUUUCAGUUUUUACAAACUGAUUGCAGAAGAAUCCGGAAAAAAUAGAAGGGUUUUAACUUCAGUUGAUAUUUUUACCCAGCUAAUGGUCAGCCGAUUCAAGCUAUACGUUUUCCAUGCCUUUUUUCUUUCCUCUCUGCUCAAUACUAAGACAAGGGCUUCAGCACUGCUUGCAAGGGCAACACUUCCAUUAGUUUAGGGCAACUGGAGAGUGUGGAAUUCCCAAUCUUCCAUUUAUAUUUGAAUUCAAAGAAUGUUAUGCCAGUGUUUUCCCUUUGUUAAGAAUGUUAUGCAUCGGAUAUCGAUACAGGUGAUCCAGUAAGUCUAAUAAUGUAGGACUUUAAGACACAGCAAAUAAUCAGCAAAAGCUCUCUCUUGAGGCUCUGUAAGGAAUUUAAGACCAAUUUUGCCCAGAAGGGCACAAAAGCGUAUGCAAAACAAAGCCUGAGAAGGGGUAGCCCAUGGUCAUGAAACCCUUACUGUGAAGGUCAGCUUAGAAAAACAUAAGACAGUUGCAGUUUGUAGAUAUUUCUAUAAAUACUUGAUGUUUCCAUGUCUAAUUCUGUGAGUUUAAGUGGAACAUUCUAUGUUAGCCUCAGAUAGGUGUGAUUGUACUAAUUUUUUAUAAAAUCCCAUUGCCGGUGGUGAUUCGCAUCUUUGUAGGCACAGCCAAAGUCAACCAGAACUACAAACGAUUCCAUCUGCCUAAGGACAGGGAGGGGUUUGUGCUCAUAUUAGGGUUGUGGUCACUGUUAAAUGUGUUACCAUUUGUACUUGGCUUGGCUUCCUUUACUUCUGAAAGAGGAUCCCAUUUUCUAAGGGAAAUGCAGUGAGUUUAGGUUACAGCACGGGAUUUUUUAAGAUUGGUGGCUAAGAAAGUGUGUAAAGCUCACUGGUUUUACACAACUGAUAUCUUGUAGUCGUUAUCAUCGCAACGAGACUUGUCUUUAUCACUGGUUUUUGUCUCUAGUGUAUUAAAUCAUAGCAUUAGCCCACGGCUGACUUAUCUCUUUGAGAGUUACAGAGAAUUCUCUCAUUAUUUGUACAGGGCUCUGAGCUGCUCUUCAUUAAGUUUUAUAGCACGAUAAUUACUAAAGGUGAAAUCAGUUUCAAAAAAUCUAGGUCCUCCCUCUUCCCCCACCCCCCCCUUUUUUUACGUCCAAGCUGUUAAACUCUAUAUAUUCAAUGACAUUUUGCAAGUUGAACUCUUUGUGGAUUUUAUUCUGAUGCUUGCAAGGAGCAAAUACACUGAUUUGAAGAGGGAAGAGAGGGUGUGUUUAGAACUAGCACCCCACGGAGGUUUUUGGGGCUAUCUUUUAACUCUUCUCUGCUGCUCAUCAUAAUCACUUCUGUGCAUAGGAUUUUUCAGAGACUUCUAGCAGUGGUGCUCGCCCAGAAUUCAUAGAAUCAUGGAAUAGUUUGUGUCGGAAGGGACCUUAAAGAUCAUCUAAUUCCAACCCCCUGCCAUGGGCAGGGACACCUCCCCCUAGAUCAGGCUGCCCAAGGUCCAACCUGGCCUUGAACACCUCCAGGGAUGGGGCAGCCACAAACCUCUUCCAGUGCCUCACCGCUCUCACAGUGAAGAAAUUCCUCCUUAUGUCCAGUCUAAAUCUGUCCCUCACCAGUUUAUACCCAUUGCCCCUUGUUCUACCCUACAAGCCUUUGUAAACAGCCCCUCCCCAGCUCUCUUGUAGCCUCUUCAGCACUGGAAGCUGCUCUAAGGUCUCCCUGAAGCCUUCUCUUCUCCAGGCUGAACAACCCCAACUCUCUCAGUCCCAGCUGUACGUGUCCGUCUUGGUAUAUUUGGGUCAGAACAGUUGCACUUUAGGGCCAACCUGUGGGUUAUGGUGCUGAGGAUCCUCUCUGCAUAGCGCAUCAUUGUCUGCUGAUCUGAAAUAGUCGUGUUCUGCCCCUUUUUUUACACCACCUCCUUUUGAGACUUUGGUCUUCAAAUACAAAUAUUACUGUAAUCGAUGAAAACUGGAGUGGGAGAAGUGCCUCCUUUAAAGUGGAAUGUAUUGAAAGGUACCUUGCUCCCGACAGCGCAAGAAGUUGGUGAAUGGGCUUCCUUACGCUCCGCUUUUAGGGUAGGUUUGAGGUUAAACCUAAGGAUAAAUUCUCUGCUACCCAUCUCCCGAAUUCCACAAGGUGCUCUGAUAAUUCAGAUUCCAUGGGUAAUAAUUUCAGGCUAAUAGGAAAUGGAGUGUGAAUCACAUAGGAGAUGUUUUAUUGAGUGAAUUUAUUGUCUUCUAUUAUUAGGAAUACAUUAAACCAGGAACAAAUAUUGGACUUGUGCUAUAAAUUAGAUUUCAACCUGUUUUCAACCUAUUUCAGCCCGGCAGGGGGUUGGAACUGGAUGGUCUUUAAGGUCCCUUCCAACCCAAGCCAUUCUAUGAUUUUAGCUUUUCAGUUUAAGGGAUUUUACUUCUUUUAAAAGUCCCCAUACCUUGCUCCGAAUAACAAAGUUGGAUUCUUAAACCAAGGCAAAUAAUGAAACUUUCCCUGGGAAGUGUAACAAAGGUGCUUUUUUUUCUGUAUUCCACUGCCAGGGUUAUCACUGUUAUCUCUCUCUUCCACUUGGAAACAGGUUGUUUGCCUUUCUUUAAGGUCAUCUGCAUCCACAAUGUUUACAAAUGCGCGGGAAUUGCUGUCCAAGGGAGACGUUCCACCCUUUUUCUCUCUGUUUAUGCAGCAGAAUAAUGUGUUGAUAUGAGAUAUGAUGUUGCUGCACAUAAACAGUGCUGGAAGAGGGCUUCUUCUGUAACUUUUGCAGUACAAAAUGCCGAUUUUAGUGCUGUUCUGAUACCCCUUCUGUCCUUGUUUUGUGUUAAAAACAUGUGCAAAAUUUAAUGUUAAAGGCCAUGCUCUGUCAGGCACUGAACAAUCUUUCAGCUGAAAGGGAGCUGAAUGCUCUCAGGUCAGCUCUAAAGUGAAACCUACUUUUUCACCUUAAAUUGUCAGCUGAUUCUUAUUAUAAAGCAGUGGAAAAUCAAGCCUUAACAGCAUUGUUCACAGAAGGAUUUGUUAGUGUCCUUGACUGGUUAUUAGUUUGGGUUUUAAAUAUUAAUAAUUAUUGGGUUUUCUUUGGAAAAUCAUCUACAAAAUCACCAAAUCCUUUUAUUUUUUUGAUCCUUGUAUUUUUUCUCUUUGGUCUCAUUUAAAAAAAUUGUUUUAAUUAGCACUACAGCUCUCUUUUAAUGACUCAGUCUGGAAAUUCAGGAUCCGACUUUCUGAAAGCGAAAGGAAACAUUGAGGAGCAAACCAAGAUUAUCUGCUGGUAAUGACUUGCUGUUUCCCGUCGUAAGACAGGAUUAUGUGUGUGCUUUACCGAGGGAGUUAAUCUUGGGAAAAGAAACUAAUUCUCAGCUAAUAGUGACAUAAUUUUUCUGAGAGACAAGGAAAUUAUAGCUCCACACAUUCAUUCUCCUUUCCAGUCUUGGAUUCCUUUAAUCUUCAGUGUUUUUUAAAGACAAUGCAUUUGUGGUUCACUACUGUGCUGUGCGAUGCAAUAAUUCACGGGCUUUAGUGGCAGAGAGAGAAUAAUUUGAUUUUUAAAAUUAACAAAUCAAGUGUGGUUUAAAGUUUAGAAAGUUUGUCCUCAGAUCAGCGACGAAAUUGUAGAAUCAUGGAAUGGUUUGGGUCAGAAGGGACCUCCUUAAAGCCCAUCCAGUUCCACCCUGUUGCCAUGGGCAGGGACACCUCCCACUGGAUCAGGGGCUCCAAGCUCCAUCCAACCUGGCCUGGAACCCCUCCAGGGGUGGAUCAGCCACCACUGCUCUGGGCAACCUGGGCCAGGGCCUCUCCAUCCUCACAACAAAACAUUUCUGCCUAAGAUCUCAUCUCAAUCUCCCCUCUUUCAGCUCAAAACCAUUCCCUCUCAUCCUGUCCCUGCACUCCCUGAUCAAGAGACCCUCCCCAGCUUUCCUGGAGCCCCUUUCAGCACUGGAAACUGCUCUAAGGUCUCCCUGGAGCCUUCUUUUCUCCAGGCUGAACACCCCCAACUCUCUCAGCGUGUCCUCGUACGGACAGCCCAAAUUGUUCCUGUGAAUGCAUCCCAUCUGUGGUGACAUUUAUGAAUGAAUUUAAUAACCUGCCCCUCCCCCAACUCAGAAGAAUUUCUUUCUUCCUUUUUAAUGUAGAAAAUCUCUCCAGGUUUGAAAGCAAGGUGUUGGAAUCCAGAUCUUGCUCAUCAUCUCUCCCUACGUCUCGGUUUUGGGCAGGUCAGUGUGGUAGCUCCAUUCGCUACCUCUGCCUUCCACUUGAGUUUCAUUUUGGCGGCCUGUGUAGAGGAUCCGAGUGGUGGCUGUGUGUCUGAAACCUUCCAGGCCACCACGUUCCCAAUUCCUUCCUUGGGAGCGAACUAUUAAAGUUUAUUGGGAAACAGUGCUACGUGUUGAGCUGUAGAACCUUGAACCCAUGAAGAUUCCAAUCUGUGACAAAAUUUAAAGGGAAUCUUAUUCGUGCAAAGAUUAUUUGGGGCCUCUUUAAGGCAAGAAGAUGCUAAUAUCCAACUCUCAUGCUUAAUGUGUGUUUUGAAAGUGUUCUAUUAAUUAUUCAUAACCUGAAAACAUAUGGCUGGCAGCUCAAUUUUAAUUAGUUCGGGAAUGAAGCUAUAGAGAUUAUAACUGUCCCUUACUGGGGGAGGGGGAAGAGUGACUGGGACUGCGUGUGCUUGGAAAAGCUGGGUGCCUUCACUCUAGUGGUGAAAGUUAUCUUUGGGGAAAAUGAAGGGGAGGGAAAGAGUUCCUUUCAGCUAAUUGGAACCAAGAGCUUUAAGGCCAUGGCGAGUGGUAAAUGCUUUUUCUCUCGAGGUUGAGACAGGUGGUGAGUUCUGUUAGUGGUUCUUUCCUAUCGCCCCCAUGCACGAAUGCCCUCUCAGUUAUACGCUUUUCAAUAUUGAUCAGCUAUUAAAUCUCAUUGAUGGUUCUUAUCGUUUUCUACCCGUGGAAAUACACUUGUAGAGAGUGCGUUCCCCUAGGCUGAGGUGUUUCUGAAUCACGAAGCAGGCUGACCAAGCGGGUGAAGUCGUGUGUCUGUGUGUCUGUCCGCGAGCUGUAGGUAAGCGCCUCCCUAGAACCAGUGGUGAUGCCUCCCGUGAUGUCUCCUUCUCUCUUAGUGCUACACAAUCCUGUCCGAAUGUGACAUCGACUUUUUUGCAUAGGAUCAGAGUUGUCUGUAUUAAAAUGUAUUUAUAAAAAAAAAAAUAUAUAUAUAUAUAUUUUGUGGAAGGAAAGUAGGAUUCUAGUUCUUAUACCAUUGGGGAACUGUUAGGAACAUUUCUACCGAGUUCAUUUAUAAUUCUUUGUAUCUUCUUAGUUACCUGACUUGUUUCCUAUCAGAACAUCCACUGUGGCCCGUUUAGUGGCACCGCGAUGCACUGUCAUGCAGAGAAUCUGGUUUUCAGAAAACUGGGAGUCUUUUGUUUCCUUUUGGGACAGUAGGAAACGGAAUGGGUUGCCCGGAAGAAAAGGAACCUCGGCACCGACUCCACUUCAGUAACCAGUCUGGUUGGCGUGUUUUGUAGGUAGGCGAGUAGAGCAAAGAUUGAGACUUCAGGAUAAAGAAAAUUAGAUGCUACAAUUUAGUCUUCCUGUAGGAGAAGGAGAGUACUAAAAUUAAUCUAAACAAGGACUAAAUAUGGAGUACACUUGCUUACAACUAUUUCAUAUUGGCAGCUUAGUCAUAACCGUGCAUCCUAGGGAAUACGCUUUCCAUUACCUCAGAACAUGGUUCAGAACCCAUCACGUUCAUUAGCAAGUGUUUCUUCUCCUGUAACCAACUGCAAAA